AGAUGAGUAUUGCCAUAAUUAAAGAUGAUGGUCAUUAUGUAAAGAUGACAUCCACACGUUCAAUUCAUAGUAUUGAUGAUCUUCUCGAUUUGUAUCUUUGGAACGUACUGAUGUUUUGUUCAUUCGACUGUGAAAAGGGAGGGAUUUUGCAUAGACAAAACAAAUGCCGAAUCCAUAGACGUGUUGUUUGCAAGAAUCGAUGGGGGUCCAAUCCCAUGCAAAAAGAACCCUUUCUUUUAUAUAUACCUGGAGGAGCUACUGCCAGUUCACCCAAGUUCUUCUUCGAGGCGAUCGACCCUUUGUGGAUAGGACCAAUUCCAACGUAUUUGUUUCUUCAUCGUUCAAAACAAUAAGAGCAAGAGUGAACUCCGGUAAUCCCUUCCGAUCACGGCUGCCGGACUUGGCGAACAAUCUUACCACAGCCCUUCACCUCCGUCAUCUACCCUCUCUUUCCUCCCGGUUAUCGAAACUGAAAGCUGUAAUCCUCGGCGAGCAUCUUGCCUCCGAUGAUGAUCUUAUCUUACCCAGUCAUGAUUUCUCCCAAAAGGCCCACGUUUCAUCUUUCGAAAAGUACCUGGAGAUGUACAAUAGAUCAAUCGAAGACCCAGCUAGCUUUUGGUCCGACAUAGCUUCCGAAUUCUACUGGAAGAAGAAAUGGGAUCAGCAGGUUUACUCUGAGAAUCUCGACAUCAGAAAAGGGAAAAUCGACAUAGAGUGGUUCAAGGGUGGAAUCACCAAUAUUUGCUAUAAUUGCUUGGAUAAAAACAUCGAAUCUGGAAACGGUGACAAAAUUGCAAUUCACUGGGAAGGAAACGAACCUGGUGUUGAUGAUUCCUUGACUUACAAUCAGUUGCUAGAUAGAGUUUGUCAGCUUGCUAAUUACUUGAAAGACAAUGGAGUCAAAAAGGGUGAUUCUGUAAUUGUUUAUUUACCUAUGCUUAUGGAACUACCAAUCACCAUGCUCGCAUGUGCUCGAAUUGGUGCUGUUCAUUCGGUUGUUUUUGCUGGAUUUUCUGCAGAUUCUCUUGUUCAAAGAGUUAUGGAUUGCAAACCGAAAAUUGUGAUAACUUGUAAUGCAAUUAAAAGAGGGAAAAAGAUCAUUAACCUUAAAGAAAUUGUUGAUUCUGCACUCUCAGAGUCAUCUCAAAAUGGAGUCUCUGUUGAUUUGUGUUUGACAUAUGCAAAUGAAUCAGCCAUGAAAAAGGAAGCUACUAAAUGGCAAAAGGAAAGAGAUGCUUGGUGGCAGGAUGUUGUUCCAGAAUGUUCUACUAAAUGUGAUGUUGAGUGGGUUGAUGCGGAGGAUCCGCUUUUCCUUCUGUACACCAGCGGAAGCACAGGAAAGCCAAAGGGUGUUGUGCAUACUACAGGAGGAUACAUGAUCUACACUGCAACAACAUUCAAAUAUGCAUUUGACUACAAGCCAUCUGAUGUAUACUGGUGUACAGCUGACUGUGGUUGGAUUACUGGACACAGCUAUGUUGCUUAUGGACCUCUGCUUAAUGGGGCAACAGUUGUACUUUAUGAAGGGGUUCCCAAUUAUCCAGAUUUUGGGAGAUGUUGGGAUAUUGUUGACAAAUACAAGGUGACAAUAUUUUACACUGCUCCUACACUGGUGCGAUCUUUAAUGCGUGAGGGUGACGAGCAUGUGACUCGUUAUUCACGUAAGUCUUUACGAGUUCUUGGAAGUGUAGGCGAGCCGAUUAAUCCAAGUGCAUGGAGGUGGUUUUUCAAUGUAGUUGGAGACUCAAGGUGUCCAAUAUCAGAUACUUGGUGGCAAACAGAAACGGGAGGUUUCAUGAUUACGCCCUUGCCCGGUGCAUGGCCUCAAAGACCAGGUUCUGCUACUUUUCCAUUUUUCGGGGUUCAGGCUGUGAUAGUGGAUGAAAAGGGCAAGGAGAUUGAAGGUGAAUGCAGUGGGUAUUUAUGUGUUAAAAAGUCAUGGCCAGGGGCAUUUAGGACACUUUAUGGGGAUCAUGAAAGAUAUGAAACAACUUAUUUCAGUGCAUUCCCUGGCUAUUAUUUUAGUGGUGAUGGCUGCAGCAGAGACAAGGAUGGAUAUCAUUGGCUCACUGGAAGAGUUGAUGAUGUAAUUAAUGUCAGUGGACACCGAAUUGGCACAGCAGAAGUUGAAUCUGCACUAGUUUCACAUCCUCAAUGUGCUGAAGCAGCUGUAGUUGGUGUUGAACAUGAGGUGAAAGGUCAGAGUAUAUACGCAUUUGUUACUCCAGUUGAGGGUGUCCCAUACAGUGAAGAUCUCAGAAAAAGCCUUGUACUUUCUGUUCGAACUCAUAUUGGAGCAUUUGCUGCACCUGACAAGAUCCAUUGGGCACCUGGUCUUCCAAAAACAAGAAGUGGGAAAAUUAUGAGAAGAAUUUUGAGGAAAAUUGCUUCUAGACAGCUGGAUGAGCUUGGUGAUACAACCACAUUAGCAGAUCCACAUGUUGUUGAUCAACUGAUUGAGCUUGCUGAUUCCUAAGUGUGUGUGUGUGGUUUUAGGAAUCUCAAAGGCUAAUAAGUCAACAUAUACCAAGUUACAUGACAUGGCUAAUAAAAAUGCAUAUUGAAACUAGAAAUAUAUUAUGUUGUUAGGUGUCCCUUUGAUGGGAAAUAGCGAUACAAGUUCUUACAUAAUUGUUACCUAGAACUUGUAGAAAAAGGUUAAAGAAAAUGUUGUAAUGAGUGAUGCACACAUACAUGAAAACGUGAGUUUGGUUUUAUUGCACAUGGAAUAAGGGACUGGUUCUAAUUAUAUUAAGGUUGUGUUUGGUAG